CGCCCGCGCCGUCCUCGCCACGCGCCAUAGGUCAAGGCGCCGCCACCUCCCGGCGCCGAGAUGGCGGACCCAGCCGAAUGCAGCAUCAAAGUGAUGUGCCGGUUCCGGCCCCUCAACGAAGCCGAGAUCCUCCGCGGGGACAAAUUCAUCCCCAAAUUCAAAGGCGAGGAGACGGUCGUGGUCGGGCAAGGGAAACCCUAUGUCUUCGAUAGAGUGUUCCCUUCAAAUACAUCCCAAGAGCAAGUCUAUAAUGCUUGUGCCAAGCAGAUUGUUAAAGAUGUUCUUGAGGGAUACAAUGGUACAAUUUUUGCUUAUGGUCAAACAUCCUCAGGAAAAACACAUACCAUGGAGGGGAAGUUACAUGACCCACAGCUAAUGGGAAUAAUUCCAAGAAUUGCACAUGACAUCUUCGAUCACAUCUAUUCCAUGGAUGAAAACCUAGAAUUUCACAUAAAGGUUUCCUACUUUGAGAUUUACUUGGACAAAAUAAGGGAUUUGCUGGAUGUUUCAAAGACAAACCUUGCAGUUCAUGAAGACAAGAACAGAGUUCCAUAUGUCAAGGGCUGCACAGAAAGGUUUGUCUCUAGUCCUGAAGAAGUAAUGGAUGUAAUUGAUGAGGGGAAAACAAACCGCCAUGUAGCUGUUACAAACAUGAAUGAACACAGUUCUAGAAGUCAUAGCAUCUUCCUAAUUAAUAUCAAACAAGAGAAUGUUGAAACUGAAAAAAAACUCAGUGGGAAGCUUUAUUUGGUGGAUUUGGCUGGGAGCGAAAAGGUCAGCAAAACGGGCGCAGAGGGCUCUGUUCUUGAUGAAGCCAAAAAUAUUAAUAAGUCUUUGUCUGCUUUGGGCAACGUGAUCUCAGCACUAGCAGAAGGAACUAAAACACAUGUCCCAUAUCGAGACAGCAAGAUGACCAGGAUUCUUCAGGACUCCUUAGGUGGAAACUGUAGAACCACCAUUGUCAUCUGUUGCUCCCCGUCCAUCUUCAAUGAAGCAGAAACCAAGUCUACUCUAAUGUUUGGGCAGAGAGCGAAGACCAUUAAGAAUACAGUCUCUGUGAAUCUUGAGCUGACUGCUGAAGAAUGGAAGAAAAAAUAUGAGAAGGAAAAGGAAAAAAACAAGACAUUGAAGAAUGUUAUCCAGCAUCUGGAGAUGGAACUGAACAGGUGGAGAAAUGGAGAGGCUGUUCCUGAGGAUGAACAGAUCAGUGCUAAGGACCAAAAGAAUUUGGAACCAUGUGACAAUACACCCAUCAUCGAUAAUAUUGCACCUGUUGUUGCCAGUAUCACAACGGAGGAGAAGAGGAAAUACGAUGAAGAGAUUACUAGUCUCUACAGACAAUUGGAUGAUAAGGAUGACGAAAUCAAUCAACAGAGUCAAUUGGCAGAGAAACUAAAGCAGCAGAUGUUGGAUCAAGAUGAGCUUUUGGCUUCCACUAGGAGAGAUUAUGAUAAGAUCCAAGAGGAACUCACUCGUCUCCAGAUUGAAAAUGAAGCUGCGAAAGAGGAAGUGAAAGAAGUUCUUCAGGCUCUGGAGGAACUGGCUGUUAAUUAUGACCAGAAGUCACAGGAAGUGGAGGACAAGCUGAGAGCUAAUGAACAGCUAGCUGAUGAACUUGCACAGAAAACAUCUGCCCUGACAACUACACAGAGAGAGUUGGGACAGUUGCAAGAACUCAGUAAACAUCAGAAGAAGAGAGCUACUGAGAUCUUGAAUUUACUGCUUAAGGACCUUGGCGAGAUUGGAGGAAUCAUUGGUACUAAUGAUGUUAAAACGUUAGCAGAUGUGAAUGGAGUGAUUGAGGAGGAGUUCACCAUGGCAAGGCUCUACAUCAGUAAGAUGAAGUCCGAGGUGAAAUCUCUGGUGAACCGUAGCAAGCAGCUGGAAAGUGCCCAGAUAGACUCCAACAGGAAGAUGAAUGCCAGCGAGAGGGAACUUGCCGGUUGUCAACUCCUUAUCUCUCAGCAUGAAGCAAAGAUAAAGUCUCUCACAGACUACAUGCAGAACAUGGAGCAUAAACGAAGGCAGCUAGAAGAGUCACAGGAUUCACUUAAUGAGGAGUUGGCCAAAUUGCGUGCUCAAGAAAAAAUGCAUGAAGUCAGUUUCAAAGAUAAAGAGAAGGAGCAUUUAACCUUGCUGCAGGAUGCAGAGGAAAUGAAGAAGACACUAGAGCAACAGAUGGAGAGUCACAGGGAAGCUCACCAGAAGCAGCUGUCCAGGCUGCGAGAUGAGAUUGAGGAGAAGCAAAAAACCAUUGACGAGAUCAGAGAUAUGAAUCAGAAGCUGCAGCUGGAACAAGAAAAACUGAGUUUGGACUAUGAAAGAUUGAAAGCAGAAGAUCAAGAACGGGAAAAGAAGCUGGAGAAGCUAAUACUGCUUAACGAUAAAAGGGAACAAGCAAGAGAAGAUCUUAAGGGACUGGAAGAAACUGUGGCUAGAGAGCUCCAGACCCUCCAUAACUUGCGCAGACUCUUUGUUCAAGACCUCACCACCAGGGUGAAAAAAAGUGUUGAACUAGACAGUGAUGAUGGAGGUGGAAGUGCUGCUCAGAAGCAGAAAAUCUCCUUUCUGGAAAACAACCUGGAACAACUUACAAAGGUUCACAAGCAGCUGGUACGUGAUAAUGCAGAUCUUCGUUGCGAGCUUCCUAAGCUGGAAAAACGACUCCGAGCUACGGCAGAGAGAGUUAAGGCCUUGGAGAGUGCUCUGAAGGAAGCCAAGGAGAAUGCCAUGCGAGACCGGAAACGAUACCAGCAGGAAGUAGACCGCAUUAAAGAGGCUGUAAGAGCCAAGAACAUGGCAAGGAGAGCACACUCUGCUCAGAUUGCCAAGCCUAUACGCCCUGGUCAUUAUCCAGCAUCUUCUCCAACAGCCAUCCAUGCCAUUCGAGGAGCAGGAGGGUAUUACCACAACAUGAAAUAAACACCAGGUGAGCUCAUGAUAAAAUUGCAGGCUCCACUUCGCACGUGAAAAAUCAUCAUCAGCUCACUAGUUCCUUUCCCUUUUGGACUGGAUCUGUACUUCUGUUCAUUGUACGCAUUCUUAUAGCCUUCUGCAGUGCACCGGUUUCAAAUAUUUUUCUGCUUUGUAGAAUCUCCAUGUGUACAGAAGUGUGCCCGACCUGUCUUUUCUUCUGAAACCAUGUACAGUGUAUCUAACACACGCACUUAAGCUAACAGUAGGAGUUUGCUGCUCAAUCUCUUUCACUGACUGACUGCAUUUUUGACCCUGUUGUGCCAGUUACUUUGGGGCUUUCAUGCUGGCACUGAUGCUUUUUUUGUUCUGUUUCAAGUACUUUGGUGCAUCACUAAAAUGCUGGUACCUGGCAUCAAAGAAUUAACAAUUCAACAACCAAGUGCCAUCAAAAGCAGGUGAUUGUGCUCCAUCUUUCUGAUUUCCUGUAAAAUAUGCAUAUUAUUUUAUAUUUUUAGAAGAUGACAAUGUGCAGUUAUUUGGUUUUUGUUUUUCGAACCUAACAUGCUUUCAAAAAGUACAGCUCCGCAAUUUAGCAUUUUUAAUACCCUGGUGAAAUCUUUAAACUUGUAUUUAAAAUGGGAGAGAACACAGAAUCAUUAGUACACUUAUUCGGUAGAGAUCAAACUCUGAGGAUGUAGAGCAGGCAUAGGCAAACUCCGGCCCUCCAGAUGUUUGGGACUACAAUUCCCAUCAUCCCUGACCACUGGUCCUGUUAGCUAGGGAUGAUGGGAAUUGUAGUCCCAAACAUCUGGAGGGCUGGAUUUUGCCUAUGCCUGAUGUAGAGAUAUGUGUUAGUGUAGCUCUAGAAUCUCUUGAAAUUCAGUGGUCACAUGGGCACAUCAUACUCUCUAAACGUUGCAUUUGAUCUGCCUUGUAAUAACACAUAAUAGGUCAGGUUUUCUGACAGCCACGUGAAAAGCAUGGUUCUGGUUAAAAUGAAAUUGAAAGAUACAUUUACAAAAGCAGCUGAAACCAUUGCCAUCCUCUUCCUAACUCAACUUCUUCAUGAUUUUGAGAAGCCAGAAAUAAGAGAUAAAUUAUCUGCUGUACUGAAAGGAAGAUUCUCUUCAGGAUGUUGAGGGAGAAUAGGUUUGCAUGCUUAGUGUGCAGUGCAACAAAAAAGAAAAAUGAUGGAAGAUAACUCUUUUUGUUUAAAAUGAAAUAAGAUGAAAUAAGAUAACAGUAUAUGCUGGAAAUGAACAAUAUGCAAGUCUGCCUAGAGAUAGUAUAGUUUUAUAGCUUACUCACCAUUAGUGAGAUAGACUUCUUUUUUCAAUUCUUUCUUAAUGACAUAUGUAGGGUGUCAGAUUUUAUUUCUAGUGGAGAUGAAACAUAGCCAUAGGAAAUGUUAGAUAGGCAGGCAGGUGUUAAAUCUGUAGCUUAAUAUGUCUGUUGUGUUUCUUUCAUGUAGUACACACACACACACACACACACACUACAUCUACAACCAUGCACAUUAAAAUGUAUUGUCUUGAAAGACUAUUUCAAAAUGACUGAAUUAGGAGUUUACAUUCAUUCAGUCCUGUCUGCUGCUGUGGCAUUUUUUAUUUAUAUUUUUUAAUUAAGGGUAAGUUUGGGGGCGUCUGAAUGUUUUUCGCUUAUAGACAUAUUUUUAAAAGCUAACUCAUUAAAACCCUAAAGCCUUUGGAAAGAUUGUGAAUUGACUUCAGACGUUUUGUCCUGGUGUUGUUUUAGAAGCUCUCAAACUUAGCAAAGAUAUUCAGGUUUUGCUUAAUUUAUUAAGGGUUGCACUAUCUGUGUGGGAGAGACUUUUGUAACAUAUUUAAUGAAAUAUUGAAUCUUUUGCAUUUGUUUAAUUUAUUUUGUUACUUUUUUUAAAAUAUAAAAAACCCUCUUUGUUUCCAAAUACACAUGUAUUAAGCACUG